ACAACGUUGACUGCGCAAUCGCCAGUACCAUGGUGGAGCUCGCUGUCAUACCUGAUGGAUUUCUGUUAAAUUGCUUUUUAAUGACCGACAUGGCUUGUUGGUAGCUGACAUUUCGCAAAUAUUCAUCUUUGGAAGCAGAGUACGUCACAGGGAAAGACGAGCGGGAUCAUGACAACAAACGAGGAUCAAGAGAUGGAGUUGGAGGCUCUUCGCUCCAUCUAUGAGGGCGAUGAGUGUUUUAAAGAGCUUAGUCCGGUUUCCUUUCAAUUACGGAUAGGAGACCUGGAGGACUCCAAAGCAUUCAUCCUGGACAUCACAUGGCCAGAGACAUACCCUGAGACCAGUCCACAAAUCUCCCUUGAUGGCUUUUUUAACAACAGACUCGCUCCAGAGACAAAGCAGCUCAUCCUUUCCAAGCUGGAGGAGCAGGUGGAGGCCAACCUGGGCACUGCAAUGAUGUACACACUGUUUGAGUGGGCCAAGGAGAACCAGGAAGCCCUGAUGGAGAACCACAGACCUGUAGUCACCGCUGUGACCUUAACGUCCAGCAGUGAGGUGACAACAACCUCGACGACUGCCAAAAAGAAGGAGAAGAGGGAGCAGCUGACCAAAGCUCAGAAGAGGAGGAUCAUCAGUCGAACAGAUCACAAAGGGGAACUACCCAGAGGAUGGAACUGGAUUGACGUUAUCAAACACGUAAGUGGACCAACAUCUGAAUUAAAACCGGAUAAGACUCGUUCACACUUCUGUUGUGUUGCGUUCUGUUGUUCCCUACUGUGUUGCAGCUGAGUAAAACAGGAGGCAAAGACGACGACUAAAGCCUGAGAGCUGCAGUCUCGCUGCUGUUUACAAGAAUCUUCUCACAAUAAACCGCAUCCACCUCCCAAACGUUGGACUCCAGGGAACCUUCUGUACUUCUGAGCAUUAGUAAUGAAGUCAUGUGUCCACAAGAUUGCUUUCUUGCUCAAACGUCUGAGGCCAGAAGUUCUCCUUCUUGAACGUACCUGCUCUCACUGCGCCCUGAUCCCGCAAGGGUUGGAUUGGACUUACUGGCAACAUGGUCAUUUUAAAAAACAACAGUUUUACUCAGUUUACUAUUUUCUUAUAUUUCUGUUUGCCCUGAAACCAUUUUGUAUAUAAAUAAAAACAUUUUGGAAGUA